AUGGCAUCAUUGCCUCCCCCUCCGCCUCCGGGCUGGGGUGCGUCGGCGCCGCCUUCGAUGCCGUUGGCUCCUCCGCCACCGGGAUAUCAACCGCCUGCGGAUCCGACUGUCGCAAAGUUUGCCCAGAAGAAGAAUGAAUGGCUGCGGACGCAACGGAACCGGUUCGGCGAGAAGAGAAAGGGUGGAUUUGUUGAAACACAAAAGGCUGAUAUGCCCCCGGAGCAUCUGCGAAAGAUUGUUAGGGACAUUGGCGAUGUGUCGCAAAAGAAGUUCAGCAACGAGAAGCGUAGCUACCUCGGCGCGCUGAAGUUCAUGCCCCAUGCUGUGUUGAAGUUGCUGGAGAACAUGCCCAUGCCUUGGGAAUCGGCUAGGGAAGUUAAGGUAUUGUAUCAUGUUAAUGGUUGCCUUACCUUGGUCAAUGAGACUCCCCGUGUUAUUGAGCCCGUGUUCCACGCCCAAUGGGCUACCAUACACUUUAAGAGAAUGCGCUUCCCUCCUUUCGAUGACGAAGAACCUCCGCUAUCGUGGUCGGAAAACAUUGAAGAUCUUGAUGAGUCGGAGGAUGCUCCUGUCUAUGAGUGGUUCUAUGAUCACCGGCCUCUGCUGGAUACACCCCAUAUGGCUACCCUGUAUCGACUAAGUCAUCAGCUCUUGAGUGACGUUGUCGAUCAAAACUACUUCCAUAUGUUUGACUUGAACAGUUUCUUUACCGCCAAGGCACUGAAUGUCGCUAUCCCCGGUGGUCCUCGCUUUGAGCCUCUGUACAAGGAUAUCGACCCCAAUGACGAGGACUUCAGCGAAUUCAACGCCAUCGACCGUAUCAUCUUCCGCGCUCCUAUCCGCACGGAAUACCGCGUUGCUUACCCCUUCCUGUACAAUACCCUCCCGAGAAGCGUAAAGGUUUCUUGGUACUCUCACCCUCAAGUUGUAUAUGUCCGCACCGAAGACCCUAAUCUCCCCGCCUUCUACUUCGACCCCGUCAUCAACCCUAUCUCCUCCCGCCAUGAAGAUGAGAUUUUUGGUGAAGGAAACAACGAGGACGAUUUCGAGCUCCCCGGCGACUUCGAGCCGUUCUUCGCCGAGGAGGAACUGUAUACACCCGAUACCGCGUCCGCCAUUGCCCUCUGGUGGGCUCCUCAUCCCUUCAACAAGCGCUCCGGCAAGAUGGUGCGCGCCCAGGAUGUGCCUCUCGUGAAGCAGUGGUAUCUGGAGCACUGUCCGCUGGGCCAGCCUGUCAAGGUCCGCGUCUCAUACCAGAAGCUGCUCAAGACGUUCGUCCUCAAUGAGCUCCACAAGAAGAAGCCGAAGGCUCAGAACAAGCAGAAUCUGUUGAAGACUUUGAAGUCGACCAAGUUCUUCCAGCAGACGACAAUCGAUUGGGUUGAAGCUGGUUUGCAAGUUUGCCGCCAGGGUUUCAACAUGCUCAACUUGUUGAUCCACCGCAAGAACUUGACCUACCUCCAUCUUGAUUACAACUUCAACUUGAAGCCCGUCAAGACUUUGACCACUAAGGAGCGAAAGAAGUCUCGUUUCGGAAAUGCUUUCCACUUGAUGAGAGAAAUCCUUCGUCUUACCAAGCUGAUUGUCGACGCUCAGCUGGCUGACGGCAUCCUGUAUGCUUUCAACCACUACAAGUUGAUGCACCAGAUUCGUUCUUGCAAGGAUCUCAAGCAUUUGAUCUACUACCGCUUCAACUCCGGACCUGUGGGUAAGGGUCCUGGAUGCGGUUUCUGGGCCCCGGCCUGGCGUGUCUGGCUCUUUUUCAUGCGUGGUAUCAUCCCUCUGCUUGAGAGAUGGCUCGGGAACUUGCUGUCCCGUCAGUUCGAGGGUCGCCACAGCAAGGGUGUUGCCAAGACUGUUACCAAGCAGCGUGUAGAGUCUCACUUUGAUCUUGAACUCCGUGCGUCUGUCAUGGCGGAUCUCAUGGACAUGAUGCCCGAGGGUAUCAAGCAGAACAAGGUCAACACUGUUCUCCAACACCUUUCGGAGGCAUGGAGAUGCUGGAAGAGUAAUAUCCCUUGGAAGGUUCCUGGCCUUCCAGCGCCCAUUGAGAACAUCAUUCUCCGUUACGUCAAGAGCAAGGCCGACUGGUGGAUUUCCGUCGCUCACUACAACCGUGAACGUAUUCGUCGUGGUGCCACCGUUGACAAGACAGUUGCGAAGAAGAACCUUGGUCGACUCACCCGGUUGUGGCUCAAGGCUGAGCAAGAGCGCCAGCACAACUACCUCAAGGAUGGUCCCUACGUGUCGUCCGAGGAAGCUGUGGCUAUCUACACAACCAUGGUCCACUGGCUCGAAUCUCGCAAGUUCUCUCCGAUUCCCUUCCCUAGUGUUUCUUACAAGCACGACACCAAGAUCCUGAUUCUUGCUUUGGAACGCCUGCGCGAAUCCUACUCCGUCAAGGGCAGACUCAACCAGAGCCAGCGUGAGGAGCUCGCUCUCAUCGAGCAGGCGUACGAUUCUCCUGGAACGACCCUAGCCAGAAUCAAGCGUUUCCUCUUGACUCAGCGAGCUUUCAAGGAGGUCGGUAUCGAUAUGAACGACAACUACAGCCACAUCAACCCAGUGUACGACGUGGAGCCCAUCGAAAAGAUCACCGACGCCUACCUUGAUCAGUACCUGUGGUACCAGGCAGAGCAGCGCCACUUGUUCCCCGCCUGGAUCAAGCCCUCGGAUUCCGAGGUGCCACCCCUGUUGACAUACAAGUGGGCUCAGGGUAUCAACAACUUGGACAAUGUCUGGGAGACUGCUGAUGGCGAGACGAACGUUAUGAUCGAGACCGAGCUGUCGAAGGUUUAUGAGAAGAUGGAUCUUACUCUGUUGAACCGCAUGCUUCGUCUUAUCAUGGACCACAACUUGGCUGAUUACAUCACUUCCAAGAACAACGUGCAGCUCAGCUACAAGGACAUGAACCAUACCAACAGCUACGGUUUGAUUCGUGGUCUGCAAUUCUCUGGCUUCGUUUUCCAGUACUAUGGCCUGAUGAUCGAUUUGCUGCUCCUCGGCCUGCAGAGAGCUAGUGAAAUGGCUGGACCCCCUGCGAGCCCCAACUAUUUCUUGCAGUUCAGAGACCGUGCUACAGAGACAAAGCAUCCUAUCCGUCUGUACACGCGUUACGUCGACAAGAUCUGGGUCUUCCUUCGUUUCUCUGCCGACGAGUCUCGAGACUUGAUCCAGCGCUUUUUGACUGAGAAUCCGGAUCCCAACUUCGAAAACGUCAUUGGAUACAAGAAUAAGAAGUGUUGGCCUCGUGACUGUCGCAUGCGUUUGAUGCGUCAUGAUGUCAACUUGGGCCGUGCUGUAUUCUGGGAUUUGAAGAACCGCCUGCCGAGGUCAAUCACUACCAUCGAAUGGGACGACACUUUCGCCAGCGUCUACAGCAAGGAUAACCCGAACCUUCUGUUCUCUAUGUCCGGGUUUGAAGUCCGCAUUCUUCCCAAGUGCCGCAACCAGAAUGAGGAGUUCUCGGUGAAGGACAGCGUUUGGUCUCUUGUCGAUAACUCGACUAAGGAGCGCACAGCUCAUGCUUUCCUCCAGGUCACGGAGGAGGAUAUUCAGAAGUUCAACAACCGGAUUCGUCAGAUUCUCAUGUCGUCCGGUUCUACGACUUUUACUAAGAUCGCAAACAAGUGGAACACGGCUUUGAUCGCACUCUUCACCUACUACCGUGAAGCUGCUGUAUCAACCGUCAACCUUCUGGAUACGAUCGUCAAGUGCGAAACCAAGAUCCAGACCCGUGUCAAGAUUGGUUUGAACUCUAAGAUGCCUUCGCGUUUCCCUCCCGCUGUCUUCUACACCCCCAAGGAACUGGGAGGUCUAGGUAUGAUUUCUGGAUCCCACAUCCUUAUUCCGGCUAGCGACAAGCGGUGGUCCAAGCAAACGGAUACGGGUAUCACCCACUUCCGUGCGGGUAUGUCACAUGACGAAGAGACCCUGAUCCCGAACAUCUUCCGUUACAUCAUCCCCUGGGAAGCCGAAUUCAUUGAUUCUCAGAGAGUGUGGAUGGAGUAUUCGCAGAAGCGGCAGGAGGCUCAGCAGCAAAACCGCCGUUUGACGUUGGAGGAUUUGGAGGACAGCUGGGACCGUGGUCUUCCCCGUAUCAACACCCUGUUCCAGAAGGAUCGCAGUACGCUCAGCUUCGACAAGGGUUUCCGUCUUCGCGCUGAAUUCAAGCAAUACCAGCUGAUGAAGAGUAACCCGUUCUGGUGGACUAGUCAGAGACAUGACGGAAAGCUGUGGAACUUGAACGCUUACCGUACCGACGUCAUCCAGGCCCUUGGUGGUGUCGAAACCAUCCUUGAGCACACCUUGUUUAAGGCGACUGCAUUCCCAUCAUGGGAGGGUCUCUUCUGGGAACGUGCCUCAGGCUUCGAGGAAUCGAUGAAGUUUAAGAAGCUUACGAACGCUCAAAGAUCAGGUUUGAACCAGAUUCCUAACCGUCGGUUCACUCUGUGGUGGUCUCCCACCAUUAACCGUGCCAAUGUGUACGUUGGUUUCCAGGUCCAGCUGGAUCUUACGGGUAUCUUCUUGCACGGUAAAAUUCCGACCCUGAAAAUCUCGUUGAUUCAGAUCUUCCGUGCCCAUUUGUGGCAGAAGAUUCACGAGUCCGUCGUUAUGGAUUUAUGCCAGGUCUUCGAUCAGGAGCUUCAGCAGCUGGGUAUCGAGACAGUUCAGAAGGAGACGAUCCACCCUCGUAAGUCUUACAAGAUGAACAGCUCUUGCGCCGACAUUCUGCUUUUCGCAACGAACAAGUGGAACGUCACUCGUCCCUCCUUGCUGUUCGAUACCAAGGACGUGUACGAGCCAACCACGACAAACAAGUUCUGGCUUGACGUGCAGUUGAGAUAUGGUGACUACGACUCCCACGACAUUGAGAGAUAUGUUCGUGCCAAGUAUCUCGACUACACUACCGACAGCAUGAGUAUCUAUCCUUCUGCUACCGGUUUGAUGAUUGGUAUUGAUCUCGCGUACAACCUGUACUCGGCAUAUGGACAGUACUUCCCUGGAUUGAAGACUCUGAUCCAGCAGGCUAUGGCCAAGAUCAUGAAGGCGAACCCCGCCUUGUAUGUCCUGAGGGAACGUAUCAGGAAGGGUUUGCAGCUCUAUGCCUCGGAAAGUAACCAGGAGUUCCUGAACUCCCAGAACUACUCGGAAUUGUUCAGUCCUCAGAUUCAGCUGUUCAUUGACGAUACCAACGUCUACCGUGUCACCAUCCACAAGACCUUCGAAGGUAACCUUACGACCAAGCCCAUCAACGGUGCUAUCUUCAUCUUCAACCCCAGAACCGGACAAUUGUUCUUGAAGAUCAUUCACACCAGUGUCUGGGCUGGACAGAAGCGUUUGGGCCAGUUGGCCAAGUGGAAGACAGCAGAAGAAGUUGCGGCCCUCAUCCGAUCCUUACCUGUUGAGGAGCAACCGAAGCAGCUGAUUGUUACCCGUAAGGGUCUGUUGGAUCCCCUUGAAGUCCACUUACUUGACUUCCCUAACAUUUCCAUCCGAGCUUCCGAGCUUCAGCUGCCUUUCCAGGCCGCGAUGAAGGUCGAGAAGCUUGCGGAUAUGAUUCUCCGGGCAACCGAGCCUCAGAUGGUUCUGUUCAACCUGUACGAUGAGUGGCUGAAGUCAAUCUCACCUUACAUUGCCUUCUCUCGUUUGAUUCUCAUUCUGAGAGCCCUCCACGUCAACAUUGAUAAGGCGAAGAUUAUCCUCAGACCUGACAAGAGUGUCAUCACCCAAGAGCAUCAUAUCUGGCCUUCGUUGUCGGAUGAGGAUUGGAUGAAGGUUGAAGUGCAAUUGCGUGAUUUGAUUCUCAACGACUACGGCAAGAAGAACAAUGUCAACGUUCAGAGUCUUACCAGUAGUGAAGUUCGGGAUAUCAUCCUCGGUAUGGAGAUCAGUGCUCCUUCACUUCAACGACAGCAGGCUGCGGAGAUUGAAAAGCAGCAGGAAGAGCAGAAGCAACUCACGGCUGUCACGACGAAGACACAGAACGUCCGUGGUGAGGAUAUCAUCGUCACCACCACGUCUCAGUACGAGCAGCAAUCGUUUGCCUCCAAGACUGAGUGGCGCACACGAGCAAUCGCCACGUCCAACCUUCGCACGAGGUCCAACAACAUCUACAUUUCGUCGGAUGACAUCCGGGACGAGGGAUAUACCUACAUCAUGCCAAAGAACGUCCUCAAGCGAUUCAUCACGAUUGCGGAUCUGCGUGUGCAAGUUGCUGGCUACCUGUACGGUACCUCCCCUCCUGAUAACGAUCAGGUGAAGGAAAUCCGCACCAUUGUCAUGAUCCCCCAGGUGGGCAACACGCGUGAGGUGCAGUUGCCGCAGCAGCUACCCCAGCACGAUUAUCUCAACAACCUCGAGCCUCUGGGUGUUAUCCACACCAUCUCUGGAAACGAGCCCCCUUACAUGACGGCCAUGGAUGUUACACAGCAUGCUCGUUUGAUGAACGCCCACUCAUCCUGGGACAAGAAGACGGUUACCAUGACAGUAUCUUUCACCCCUGGAUCUGUGUCACUCGCGGCUUGGGGCCUCACGCCCCAGGGCUACAAGUGGGGAGCAGAAAAUCGUGAUACCACAUCUGAUCAACCGCAAGGAUUCUCGACCAGCAUGGGAGAGAAGUGCCAGCUGUUGCUCAGUGACAAGAUCCGUGGAUACUUCCUGGUGCCGGAAGACAACGUCUGGAACUACAGCUUCAUGGGCAGCUCCUUCGGCGGAGUGGAGAAGCGGCCGGUGUACGUGAAGAUCGACACCCCCCUGAGAUUCUACGAUGAUCAACAUCGUCCAUUGCACUUCCAGAACUUUGCGGAACUGGAAGAUAUCUGGGUUGACCGUUCUGAUAACUUUGCGUGAGCGAUGUGUGGAUGGCGUUGGCAUGAUAUUGUUUUUUACCUUUUUAUACGGAUGAUUACGUUGUUUCGAGACUCUUUCCUCUUUUUCUCCAAGCCUUUAUUCUUGUUUUCCCCUUUGAAAUCCUCUUUUUCUUAUAAUGUUCGCAGUAUACAAAAUCCUCUCAUGUGUCUUACUAUGGUUAC